AUGGAUCUAGAGAGUCCUUCAAACUUCUUUGGGAGUUUGACGGAAAAAUACCUUGUACGCUACAACACCUCACCUCUGGUCUCCAUUGAGUGUACGGCUUUUAAGCAUCUCUAUGAAUCCAACCUGCAUAACCGAGCCUGGGUUUUUCAAGAACGCAUCCUCUCCCCACGUGUAGUGCAUUUCGAUCGUACCACUGUCUUCUGGGAGUGCAGUGAGCUUACUGCAUCAGACACAUACCCAAACAUCGGAGGUGGUCUUCUCGCGCCCCACCUUGGCUUCGACGGUAUGCCAAAAUGGCACAGAAACAUGCAAAGCCCUCGCCACGCAUUCAUAGCUUCUGAAGCGGAUAGUGACUACGAGCACUGCUGGACCCACCUCGCAGAGGAUUUCCAACAUCUAGGAAUUACGAAGGACGAAGACACGUUUCCCGCCAUGUCUGCGAUAGCACGUCUGGUCAAUGAAACAUACCUCCACCAGCGGUAUAUCGCCGGUAUGUUCCAAGAACAGCUGCCAGCAGCUCUCUUGUGGAAGAAAGCCUCACUACAUCAGCCUCCGCGACGCCGUGGACCAGGUUACAUUGCACCUUCGUGGUCAUGGGCAUCAGUGCAAGCUAGACAGACCGAACUCUCCCUCCAUUGGCACUUUAGAUACAAGUCGCUGAGGGAGGUGGAAUGUGUUGCGGAUAUUCUUCACAUUGACUUGCGUAAUAAGAAAGGCGAUGAUGAAUAUGGGCGCUUGGAGUUGGCAGCCCUUGCUAUUCGAGGCCAGAUCAGACUGACGUCGCUCGAGGAAGUCUACGGUAGCACUAUUCGACUCGGUAAUCGACGUUGCACUGAUGACAGAAUAAAGAGACUCUGCAUACCAUGGGGUGACAUACCUGAUUGCGGUUCGGUCAUGGUAAGCUGGGACACUGGAGAGUCUCCUGAGCAUGGUCAGAUUUCGCUUUUCUGCAUUUAUGCCGUGGAAAGUGACACCAGCUACACUCGACAAGGGCUGGUGCUUGAGCGAACUACAGAGCUGGACAUCGAGAUCCUUUCAAAGUUGAGGCAAUCUAAUCAGACUGGUCUUGUGUUACGACCAGACUUCUCAAACUGUUUCAAACGACUAGGCAUUUUUGAGAUAGAACUUACGAAGCCUAAUAGGCCUAGUCUUAUCUGGACAGAACCAGAAACGUCAGUAGUUAUCAUAUGA